UCGGUCGAAGUCGGUUGGCCUUUUCUUCUCUCGAAGUUUUCUUUAUCGCGGAAAACGUGCGCCACACAUAUCUCUCGCUGCUAUUUUGUUUAUACAAAAAUUACUUAAAAGAAUAAUAAUUGAAUGGCAACUGGGGACGCGGCGGGCUCUCAGUUUGAAACGAAAUUAAUUUUGGAUCCAUCGCGCCUAACACAUACGAGUAUUGCGCCAGCGGCAAUCGCAGUGCAUAUUCCCGAUUGCGAAAUAGUUUGUUUAUAUUGAGCAUUUCUGUAUUUGCUGUUCAACCUGUUGUACGCGAAAGUUUGAAAGUGAAUACCUAUAGAAUCGGAUUGAAUUGUGCUGCGGCACAAAGAAGCGUAAACGAAUAUGCGCAACGGGAGGAAAAUAUACAUAUUUCGAAAUGAUAUCACAAAAGUGAAAUCUUCGCAGAGUUGAAAAGCCCGGCGCCAGCGUAAACGUUAGCAAACAUCAUUAAAAUCUGGCAAUAGGUUCCUGUUUUAUUGGCCAUUAUGAAGCAGUUGUUCAAUAUAAUACACUGCGAUCACCUGAAUGGGCAUGUACGCUCUAUUUAUGAUAAUUUAAAUACAGAUGUUUGUGGCAUUGACCGUGUGAGGCGAGUUUUUACGUGUUUAAGCAUUUUUCUGCUACUUUCCGGAUGGAUAUUUGUUUGGAAACGCUAUAAAAAAUGCCAUAAAACAUUGCUGAUGUUUCACAAUGUACGUGCUGCGGUUUCUCUGUUCCUUUUGGCCUUGAAUAGCCUAAACUUGGCCAGGAUCCUCCUUCCACCGAAAAGUGUUCGCCAGCUGAACAAACUCUUUCAGUUGACCCCCAGAGAUCAGAAUUAUUUAAUUGUAGUUGGGCCAGGAGAAGUAUGGAAUGCGAUUCUGUCCACACUGUUGACUCUUAUGCUAAUGUUUUACCAUCGCAUUGUGGAGCUGAAGAAAUCGAAAGUGUUUUUGUAUGCAAGUACUGGCGUGGAGGUGUUGUCAUUCGCCCUGCUCACCAAUGAACUCUCCGAAUUGGCUUACUACGAGGAUUUACUUGAGCUUCAGACGUGCCUCGUGGGCUUGUCUGCACUUUGCAUGAUGUCCUUGGCGCUGCUAGAUGGGUUUACAUUGUAUAAAGAAUGCUACCACGACGACUAUUUGGACGACUACGGAAGAAUAGGCUACAAGCACUCGCUGGCCACGUUCUAUUCCAAGUUCUGCUUUUGGUGGCUAACACCUCUUCUCUGGUUGGGCUACAAUGAACCACUGGAACUGGAGGAUUUGGGCGAAAUGAAGUUGGAGGAUAGUGCUAGGUCCCACUACGACCACUUUCUGUAUAUUUACACCGAAAAGAAGAAAAAAUCAAAUUCAUCGCCAUCCCUGUGGUAUUGCUACAUAAAGAACAGUUGGCAAAUGUUUGCCUUGGGUGGCAUUUUGAAGCUGGCUGGUGAUUUAUUCGCCUUGAUUGGACCACUGGCCAUACAGAAUAUAGUAGAAUAUAUCGAGCAACUUUAUGCCGAAGUCUUACAGCCGGAAGUUCAGCGUGGGGAGUCCAAUUUGUUGGCCAACUCCAGUGUGAGCAGCGAUUUUGAUGAGGUCUUCGGCACCAAUAUUGGCCAAGUGAGGGUCUACUGUAGCACCUGGUCGGAUCUUCUGGCGAAUGGCUGGUGCAUCGCCUGGAUUGUCCUGCUGGCCGCCAUCACACAGGGCGCUCUUUCGCAGGCCUCGACUCACAUUCUCAACAUGACUGGCAUCAGGAUAAAAACAUCUCUACAGGGUCUAAUUUAUAGAAAAAGUUUGCUCCUAAAUGCGGGCGGUGGGUGUGAUGAAAGCGAUUCUACCGGAGAAGUUCAGUCAACUGCCCAUCCUGCCGAUGAAAAACGAAAAAACCAUGAUUCCAAGCCAACAUUAGAGCAUGUGGACAGUUUGAGAGAAUCGAAAACCCAUGACAUUGGCAGUAUUACCAAUCACAUGACCGAGGACACACUCAAUAUCAUGCAGUUCUUCUUAAUCAUCCACUAUGCCUGGGCAAUUCCAUUUAAGAUAUCUGUUGUUAUAUAUCUACUUUAUGUGAAUUUGGGAGCAAGUGCUGUUAUUGGAUCAAUUGUAUGUAUUGUGAUUAUGACGCCCCUGCAAUUCAUCGUGGGAAAUGCUAUGUCAAAAAAUGCUGAGGUUAUUGCGAAAUAUACCGAUGAGCGAUUGAAAAAAAUUCACGACACACUGGUUGGCAUAAAAGUCAUAAAACUAAAUGCCUGGGAUGAGGUAUUCCUUAAAAAGAUUCAAGAGGCCCGAAAAAAGGAGCUAAAAUAUCUCAACAAGGAUGCAGUGUUUUGGACUCUAAUGGCUGCACUUACACACACCGCCAGUGUUUUGAUCACUUUUGUUACCCUUGGAGUUUAUGUUUGGUUGCAUCGAGAUCAGGAGUUUAACUUGACUGCCAGUCGACUAUUUUCCUCGCUGGCACUUUUCCAGCAGCUAACCGUUCCCCUGCUGAUCUUUCCCAUCACAGUGCCAAUUAUUAUAGCGGCCAGGGUAUCAACUCGGCGCUUAGAGCGAUUUCUGAAGUCCAGCGAGAUUCAAAAACAAUUCGAGGGCAUUCGAAAUAUGGCAAGAAUUUUGAGCAAGAGCGACGCCUCAUUGGAUAUGUAUGAGACGCAGGAAAAAUCGAAUAUGACAAUGCGAACGGCUCAGGCGGAAAACAGGCUAAAUGAAAAGCGGCUGGCUCAAAAAUUCCAAGGACCCGAAAUGCCAACUAACUCCACUCCUCUGUUGCAGAAUACCGAGGAAUCGGUGGGGGAUAUAUCUUCGUCCUCGAUUCAGGAACUGGGUCACAAUAAGCUAGUUCAACAGCGCAGGGAACUGCUGAGGAAUACUCCCUAUGUGGCCAUCAGACCUCCGAAAAUGCGGGGAAGUUUGACGGAGAGACCUGUGGAAUUCUCCGUAACCCGAGCCAGAAAUACAGACAGUUGGCGGAGGGAUUCCCUUUUGCUUAAAAUGCCCGAUGACAUCGCCGUGUCGAUCAACGACGGACUCUUCACGUGGCAGCCACAAAGCCAAAUGCCAUUGGUGCAACUCCAUGUUCCCGGAAUCAUCAUUCCCAAGGGAAAACUAACCAUCAUUGUGGGCAAAAAUGGCAGUGGCAAGACGUCCCUUCUUUCGGCUCUCCUCAUGGAGAUGCCCCUUCUUGUGGGCAAUAUGUUUUGGCAUAAGACCUGCACAAUUUCCUACGUUUCACAACAGCCUUGGCUUUUGAACGACACAAUUCGGGAGAAUAUACUUUUCGGAGAGUCCUUUCGACCCAAACGAUAUGAUUUCGUGUUGGAGGCCUGCGCCCUUAAACCGGAUAUUGAAUUAAUGCCCAGGGGCGAUUUCACCAUUAUCGGAGAGCGUGGAAUUAAUAUUUCUGGUGGACAAAGGCAGCGAAUAGCAAUUGCCCGAGCUAUUUAUUCGUCGGCUAAUGUUGUCAUAAUGGACGACCCUCUGGCUUCGCUUGAUAACGAGGUGGGCGAGCAUAUAUUUCAGCAUUGCAUACGUGAGAUGUUACAAAAGUCAAAUCGAACUUUUAUCCUUGUGACUCAACAAUUGCAACGGAUAAAAGAAGCGGAAUACUUGAUUGCUAUUAAAGAUGGUCGUGUUGAGGCGUGUGGCAGUUAUGCGGAUAUUGAACUGAUGCAUCCACGAAUCACCUCCAAAUGGACCUCGAUUAUUGCAAUGGCCAAGGCUAAGAAAGAUAACACUUCACAAAAUCCAGUUGAAAAAACGGCAGGGGAGCGAUGGAAAUUACUGAGAAAUGUGAGCAAACUGGGAUUACAACGCUCCAUUUCGGUGACAAUGGAUUCAAAUGUGGGAUGCCAUGCAGACGCCACAGAUGGCAGUGGUUGCCUUUCGGUGGUUAAUAUGCCAUCCAAUGUGGUUGAAGAAGACGAGGAGGAUGAUAGAAUCUCUUCUUCCUAUCGAAUUAGCAACGGAUCCUGUGGCGGAUUUAGUUUGCAGCGUAAACGUUCCAGUAUUUACGGCUCCCGUCAUCUGAUGUACGACGUUCCCCUUCCGAUUGACGAGUGUCAGGGAGAUGAUGUCAUCAUGAGACCCCGCCGUCGACACACUCUGAGUCGUCGAGGAAGUCGAACGACCAAUUCCUGGCAUCGAUUGAGUGGUCUGAGCACUCUGACAGCCACUUCAGCUUCGAGUUCCACCAGCGGAGAUCCUCUGAACCGCAGUGUUUUGGCCACCAGUUGCAGCAGCUACGCCGAAAGCAGUGUGGAUGGUGCAGAUUUGGCCUCUGCAACCCAGGAACAUCGAGUGCAAUCAUGGCAGCCGCCACAGAAUGUGGCACAUCAGCCGCUGUCUCGAAAUGCCUCAUCACCGCCAGCCAUUGAGGUGGCGAGUCCAGACAUCAAGGAUGCGGAGGCAGCAAUGAAGGGGAAUUCCAGCUCAGAGGGUCCUUUGGAUGAGAAUGUUCGAGGCAGUUUUCAGCAGUUCCUGCGACGAAUGUCCAUGCGGCGUUCUAACAAACCCAAAAGUCUCCAUCAUCCUCUAAGUGCCACGAACUCCAUUCUGAGCAUUUCUGAGGAGUCGCCUCCCAUCAUUAAUUUUCCUGCUACACUUCUAGCGACGAAUGCCACCACAAACUCUAAGUCCGUUCAAUUAGAAAUGCCUUCCGAGGAAAAGCCAAAAAAAAGUGUAAAUAUUGACUCGAAGGAAACCACAAUAAAUUGCGCUGACAAUUGCGAAUCAGCAUUCGCCAAAGAAUCGGGGGCGAACGUGACAUCCUCGGCUGCCCAGGAUCCCCAUGAAGGACACGUGCUGCGAGCGACAGGCGGAGGUCAGGAGGAUGGACAGAAAUCGAUGUCAGUGGCGAUUGAUACGGAGCGCAAAUAUGGAAAAAUAUCGGACGACAUAUAUCUAAUGUACAUACGGGCAGCCGGUGUGCCCAUAAUCACCGUCUUCUUUAUCACCGCACUAAUUUGGCAGUGUUUGCGUGUCUACACGGACAUUUGGCUGCAGCAGUGGAGCGAUUUGCGGGCCAGCAAGAAGGAGGUCCUGCCACAGGAUCAUCACCUCCAUGGAGAGGUGGAGGACCACCACGAAGUCACGUACUAUUUCUGCAUGUAUGCCGCAGUUUCGUGUGUUUCCAUAAUAAUGGCCCUGGUAUCGGGACAACGGGCCGGCUGUAAUGCCCGUCGUAAUUUGCACGAUAAGCUGCUGCAAACGAUUUUGCAUAAAACGCUGCACUUUUUCCAAGUGACGCCGCUCGGACGUAUUGUGAAUCGUUUCAGCAACGAUAUGGCCGUCAUUGAUAAGAAAAUCGCAGCCACUGGCCAACGAUUGCUGCAAUUUACUUUGCUCUGCGUGUCGGCGAUUCUGAUAAAUGUAAGCAUCACCACUUGGAUCUUGGUGCUCACUUUGCCAAUCUGCUUGGCCUACUAUGUCAUUCAAAAGUUCUACAGAUGCUCAGCUAGAGAGCUACAGCGCAUUGAAAAUGCUACCAACUCGCCUGUCAUAUCCCAUUUAUCCGAAACAAUUCAAGGAGUUACUACGAUUCGAGCUUUUAAUCAGCAAACUCGAUUUACCGAAAUCUUAUUUAAACGCCUGGAAGCAAAUACAAUUGCUUAUGCAUUAUUGAACACCAGUCAUCGAUGGCUUGGAGUUUCUUUGGACUAUUUGGGUGGAUGCAUUGUUUUUGUGGCCACUGUGACGGCCCUGGCAGCGGCGAGCGUCAGUUGCAGGAGCUACAGGACGAGCCAGGACGAGGCAGCCGAAACUUAUGCUGUCAAUAAAAGCGGCCCCGAACUGAGACCAUCGCCAUCGCUGGUGGGUCUGGCCAUAAACUACACGUUGUUGGUGCCGAUUUACCUUAAUUGGGUUGUAAAACUUUUGGCUGAUAUGGAGAUGUAUGCGGGUUCCGUCGAACGCAUCGCCCACUAUGCCCAGCCAGGUCCUGGCAUCCAGGAUGCCUUCGCCACGGAACCAUCCGAUGGUGAAAUCUCCAUCGGAGAAGUCGAUAGGUCGCCUUCGUCGCAGACGCAGUCGAAUGCCGGUGACAAAGUUUACCCAGGCGCAACGACAGCUGCCGGUGAUGUUGAUGAAGAUGGAGCUCAGCCCGGCCAAGGACACCGAAAGGGUCUUUCUUCGACUGAACCUGAGACCCUGAGAGCUCAACCUGCAACUGAGGAUGAAGCUGGCGGAGGAGCAAGCGCUGAUAAAUUAAAUGCAGGCAAUGCAACCGGCGACGGCAAUCACUUAAACUUCCACUUCCUUACGGCGACAGCUGGCGACAAGGUGGAGACGACAAAGAUGUCGGUGAUUAAAGAUAAGCAACUGCCACCGCAGGACACCAAGGACACCGGGGACACCAAGGACAGGAAGGACCUCCGUCCAAAUGAGCCGGCCAGGAUGCUGGAGCGCUAUCAAAGUGUUCCGAUUUCAUGGCCGCAAAGAGGAGAUAUCCACUUCGAUAAUGUCAGCCUGCGCUACGAAGGACAGAAACAAAAUGUCAUUAGCGACCUAACAUUGAAAAUACCUGCUGGCCAAAGGAUUGGCAUCUGCGGUCGCACGGGCAGUGGAAAAUCAUCAUUGGGCCUGUCCCUUUUUGGAGUCCUGCAAACGACCAAAGGACACAUCUACAUCGACGACGUGGACAUCCAGAGAAUCCGGCCAGAUGAGCUGCGCACCAGGUUGUCGAUUAUUCCGCAGGAUGUGCAUCUAUUCAACGCAACCAUUCGAGAAAAUCUCGAUCCACACGGUUACUUUGCGGACCUGCAGUUGUGGAACUGCCUUGAGAUGGCGCAGCUGAAGGAGUUCGUCAACGGACACCUUCCCCUCGGUUUGGACACGGUGAUAUGUGACGGAGGGGUGAACCUGAGUGCCGGCCACCGGCAGUUGUUGUGCCUGGCCCGUGCCAUCCUGCGGGGAUCCGUCUGCCUGGUCCUGGACGAGGCAACAAGUGCCCUGGACUCGAGCACGGAGAAUGCACUCCUCAAAGCAGCGGACCUGGCCUUCCACGGACGCACCAUCAUUACCAUCGCGCAUCGCCUGACAACUAUUCUGGAUUAUGACCGCCUAAUCGUGUUGGACCAAGGACGAAUCGUCGAGGAUGGCAAUCCCAGGGAUCUGCAACAGCUGCCAGGCUCUGUUUUUCGCAGUUUACUCGAGAAAGGGGCGAGCAAAUGGUAGAUGGUUGAAUUUCCUUCUUAGAUAUUUUACGAUAACAACUGUGUCAUAUAGUCACUCUUAAGUGUGUACGAUUAUGUGUAUUCCGAAAAGCUUUUAUUUUUUAUUAUGUCUUAACAUAGCCAUUAAGUUUUUUCGAAAACAACAAUUGACCGUCUUUUGUAAUAUAUUUAUAAGUCUUAAAUGUAAUUCAAAAUGCUUUUAUCCUCAUAUCCUGUAUUCCCAAGUAUUCACUACACUAGUCAUUUUUGGUUCCCAAAGAGAGAUACUCACUUUUGACAAUAAAAAUCCAUGCUGAGGUCUA